AAGCGUCGUGCCCGCAGAAGAGGCUUGACUCAGCGUAGGGCUGUCAUGGCGGCUGUCAAGGCCCCCUCGCUCUUCCUGCUCAUCCUCCUCCUCUGCGCUGCCGCGGGCCCCGCGCGGAGCUGGGACCAGCCGGGCAGGGUCCUGCUGAGGGAGGUACAGGCGCUGACCCUGCGCGUGGGUCAGUACACGACGUCCCGGCGGACAGCUGCGGUCCCUCAGCUACAGUGCACGGGAGGCACCGCUGGGUGUUCCCGCCUCCCUGAGGUGGUUCAGUGCUACAACAAAGGUUGGGAUGGCUAUGAUGUACAGUGGCAGUGCAAAGCAGACUUGGAAAAUACCUACCGUUUUGGACAAAUUGAAGUGAGCUGUGAAGGCUACGAUUACCCGGAUGAUCCUUACAUCUUAAGAGGCUCCUGUAGUCUGCUGUUCAGGCUAGAGCUGACUGAGGAAGGUGAAAGGAAAGUGAAGAACUCUGGAAGCUUUGGCUCUGGCUAUUAUCAGUCGAGGAAGGAUUCUUCUGAUUCUGGUGCUGGAGCAAUUGUUAUAAUUGUUCUUCUAGUUCUUGCUUUUGGAGUAUACAAGCUCUUCCUCUGUAACCAGCAGCCUCAGCAGAGUUUUGGUGACAGUGAUGGAUUCGCUAGGCCUUCCUGGCAGAGUCAGCAGGCACCUCCUCCUCCUGGUUUUAAGUCCAGCUUCACAGAAGGUGACAGCUUUGGGACUUCUGCCUAUCGUGGAACCAAUUCAGGACCAGGACUUUGGACUGGAUUAGGAGUAGGAACCUUCCUAGGCUACUUGGCUGGCAGUAACAGAGCACAGCCACGUUCCCCAUAUUACAGUAUGUGGACAGAUCCCACAGCUGCACCUCCAAUGAACAGGCAGUCAAGCAAUUCCACACAAGGUAGCAGUUCAGGAACAAGAACUGCUUCUGGCUUUGGGGGCACAAAAAGAAGAUGAAAUACUCGAUGUCACUACAUCUGAUUGAACUAAAUCUUACUGCGUACUAGCACUUUUUUAAUUAGUAGCAGGCUUCAGAAGUGGAUGUGAGAAGUGUGAAGGACUAGGCAAAGAAUUCCUCUUUCCCUGAGGAAAUGUGGACUCUCUCUUGUUCAGGGUAUUACAGGUACUGGAACAUCACUGUUUCACAACAGCAGCUUCUCGUAAGAUACAAAAUAAACUCAUCCAAAUUAAGAAGAAUGAUGUUACAGUGCCUGUACUUGAGGGAUUUGGGCAAUGGUAGCCUUACCAGAUUUUCAAGUGAGCAGCUUACUCAUGUUCUGGGCUUAACUUCAUUUAAUCCAGAAUUUCUGAGUUUUUCUUUUUCUUGGUGGUCCAGCAUCUGAAAGGCCUUGUCUGUAACCCACCUGAUAUCUAAGGGGUGCUGCUCUUUGAAGCUGCUCUUGUUUGUCUUUGUAAAAUUCAUGUGAACAUUACUGUAAGUGCAGUCAGCUACUUAGAUGGGUGUUGGGGUUUUUUCUCACUGGAAAAUUGUAUAUGUAGAAAGAGACUAAUGUUAAUGUAAUGUUUGUAUCUGUGCUGUGUGACUAUUGGAGCCAAAAUGUGCAGAUCUGAGGACACUCCAAGUUUUAGGGUUAAUCCAAGUGACUGUGCAAACCCAGAGGAUUUUGUGUAUAAAUUAUGAAAAUAAUAAAAAAUAACCUGAAAUGA